AAUGCCUAUGAUCUUCCCUUAGCACUAACCAAGUGUUUUUUGUGCCUAAACCUAACCAGACCUCAACCACAGUAUUGUCACACCAUAAAACAUAAUUAUUUUGUAAAAUGACAAACUACGCGCACGUGAAGGAACAACAAAUCUCGCGAGAGUAAAUGGAUCGUCAUUUAAAACGUGUUAAUUGAAUCAUUCAAAACAUAAUCCAAGAUGGGUUUUUUUCAGUGGCAGGAAUACAAGAGGAGGCAGGGUGGACACGUCAUAUCCAUGAACAAAAUCAACUUGGCUUGAAUGAACCUCAGGUGAGAGUGGAUGGAUGUUCAGACAGUAACUGAUGCACCAUGGAGAUGCUUGCCAGGCAGCGCUUUGUUCAGAUACUUGUGAAAGGGACCUUUUGUUUGUUGGUUCUUGGGCAACAACAGUCACACAGCAACUUCACCUUUGGCAAGGGAACAUUAACUGAAGACCAUUCUUCAAAGAACUUGCCCCAAACCAGGAGUUUGAAUGAGAACACCAAACUACCCAUCAGUCCCUUUAUCCCUCUUUCAAAGCAGGGACUUUGGGAAAUAGUUGGAGGACACUCCCAAUCACGCUCCAACCCGUCCUUAAAGAUAAAGCUUCGCCCAAUCAUGAAAGUUCAUGGAGCUUCAAAGUUUUCCAGGACGUUCAGCUGGGGGGACUUUUAUUCAAACAUCAAGACAGUCAAACUGAAUUUGCUGAUCAUGGGCAAGAUCGUGGAUCACAGGAACGGCUCUCUUGGGGUUUACUUCCGCCACAAUUCCACAGGUGUGGGCAACGUGUCAGUCAGUCUCGUCCCACCGAUGAAGGAGGUGGAGUUCGACCUUGAGCGCCAAAGCGUGGUCCACCCCAAAGACUCCAAGACGUUCAACUGCAGGGUGGACUACGAGAAAACGGAAAGCAACAAGAAGGUGAUGCUGUGUAACUACGACCCAUCCAAGACGUGUGCUCAGGAGCAGACCCAGAGCCACGUCACCUGGAUGUGCUCCAAACCUUUCCAGGUCAUCUGUAUCUACGUGUCUUUCUACAGCACGGACUACAGGCUGGUUCAAAAAGUCUGUCCGGACUACAGCUACCAGAGUCCAGGAGCUUACCUGCCAACAGUUUAACCAGAGGCUGAACCUCUGGAAAAUAAAGAUUCAAUUAAUCCACAAAGAGAAAUCCAGUUUGAGAAGCUACGAGACAGUCUUUGAGUCUGUACUAGGAAGUUUUUAGGUUUAGCAUUUUUUCAAGUAUGACGGCAAAUACUUUAACGCAUAUGUUUUGUAGUGCAGUAUCUUGCUUGUUGUAGGCUACAAUGGUUAUAUUGGCCUGUUUUUAUGAAACACCUGCAGUUCUUCCCCUAAUAUGUCGCUAAAAUGAGAUGAGUAGAUUUUUCACAAAUCUCCACAUUUCAUUCCACCAUUUUACAAAGUAUAUUAUGAUUAAGACAUCUCUUUGGACUGUUCAGUAACACUGUAUGGAAGUGGGGAGUGGUGUGGUUCAAGAGGAAGGAUGUGAUGUUACAUGGAUGAUCUUUGUCAUGUUGAUUGAUUCUUCUGUCAUUGGGUACAAGGAUGGUACCAUGCUAAUCUUUCGGUUUGUACACUAUUGUCAUGUAUUGUUCUCACUAUCUCAUGUAUUUCCUAACAUGCUGCACUGUAUUUUGCCCA